CGGUGUAUAUAAGCGAGGUGGGAAGCGAGUCCUGAGACAAGGCAAGAUGAAGCUCACCUUUGUCUUCGUUUUGGUCUUUGUGGCGCUUGCCAGUGGGAUACCCAGGCCUCCACCUCCUCCGAGAGAUGGUCAGUCGCCUCCACCUCUGAGGGAUGGACAAUCGCCACCACCGAGAGACGGUCAAUCUAGAGCUCCAUUGAAUGAUGGACAAUCACUCCCACCUUUAAUUGAUGGUCAGUCAUUACCACCCUUAAGAGAUGGACAAUCGCCCCCACCACCAAGUGAUGGACGAUCGCCACCACCUCUAAGAGAAGGUCAGUCACCACCACCAUUUCCACCUCCAAGGAGACCUCGCCAAUUACCAACAGGACAGUCGCCACCACCAAGAAAUGGACAGUCUCUACCACCACUGAGAGAUGGACGAUCCCCAACUCCUCCAAGAGAUGGACAAUCGCCACCACCACCAAGAGAUGGUCAGUCACUACCACCCUUAAGAGAUGGACAAUCGCCACCACCAAGAGAUGGUCAGUCAUUACCACCCUUAAGAGAUGGACAAUCGCCACCACCACCAAGAGAUGGUCAGUCAUUACCACCCUUAAGUGAUGGACGAUCACCACCACCCCUAAGAAUUGGUCAGUCACCACCAUCAUUUCCACCCCCAAGAAUACCUCGCCAAGUACCAUCACGACAGUCGCCACCACCACCAAGAAAUGGACAGUCUCUACCACCACUGAGAGAUGGACGAUCCCCACCUCCUCCAAGAGAUGGACAAUCGCCACCACCACCAAGAGAUGGUCAGUCAUUACCACCCUUUAGAGAUGGACAAUCCUCACCUCCUCCAAGAGAUGGACAAUCACGACCACCACCAAGAGAUGGUCAGUCCCCACCCCCACCAAGAGAUGGUCAGUCCCUACCCCCUCCUAGAGACGGUCUGUCACCACCACCCCAGAGAUGGUAGAUCACCACCUCCCUUAAGAGAUGGACAGCCACAGCUAAGCGGAUAAGCUUGACAACUACUAUUGGAUUAAACUUAUCGCAAAAACAAAGUUAUUAAAUCUUCUGGUUUAAGAAA